AUGGAGAAACCAAAUGCUACUAGGCAGCCACCAAAGCCGCCUUCUGCUGUGAGCUCAAUUGCCAAGGACCGAGUGGGAAGUGGAGAAAAGCAGACCAGAAAACCAAUGGAGGUUUUCCACCUGAGAGAGAACACUAAAAAAGAUAGUCAUGCUGAUGCUGCUGGUAUUCCAGAAGCAGAAAGUGGAUCAGGAAGCACUUCUUUCACUUCUGCUGCUGCCAGAAGAGAUUCCAUCAACAAGUGGAUGGCAUUUGAACCUGGGCCCUCAGAUGAGCCUAACAAGGUCACAGCCACUGAUUCAAAUGGAGGGUUUGGUUCUAAUUCUAACAGUCAUAUUAUAACAGAGAAGGCAAGCAUAGAAGCAAGAACAGCAGAGUGGGGGGUGGUUAUGAAGUCAGAUAUUGGAGAAGGUAGCUUCAAAGGCACAGGGUCAAGAACAUCAGGUGGCGGUGGAGAUAAAAGCUUCUCAUCAGGGAGAUUUGAAUCAACAAGGACAUCAGAGGACUCAAAUUUUGGGGGUGAAUUUGGAGUUCCUAGGGUUUCUAAUGAGUUGAAGGAAGCUCUGUCUACUCUGCAGCAGACAUUUGUUGUGUCUGAUGCCACAAAACCUGAUUGCCCAAUUAUGUAUGCCAGCAGUGGCUUUUUUGGUAUGACUGGUUAUUCUUCAAAGGAGGUCAUUGGAAGAAAUUGCCGAUUUCUUCAGGGGCCGGAAACGGACCAGGAUGAAGUGGCGAAAAUCCGAGACGCAGUGAAAAAUGGGACAAGCUACUGUGGCAGGCUCUUCAACUACAAGAAAGAUGGAACUCCUUUCUGGAAUCUUCUCACCAUCACCCCAAUCAAAGAUGAACAAGGAAAAACCAUCAAAUUUAUUGGAAUGCAGGUUGAAGUCAGCAAGUACACAGAAGGGGUGAAUGAAAAGGAACUAAGGCCAAAUGGGUUGCCCAAGUCACUUAUCCGCUAUGAUGCUCGUCAGAAGGAGAAGGCAUUAGGCUCCAUUAAGGAAGUUGUCGAAACUGUGAAGCAUCCACGUUCUCACACCCAGGAUGUGAGUCAUGAGACUGCUAGCAAUCAUGGGGAGCAGGAUAGCCUUAACCUUGAUUAUGUUCUGCCUAAAUCUGCUGCAAUUGCAAAUAUGAAUACACCCGGUCAAAAAACUCCACAAUCAGAUGUGAAAGGUGAUGCAUUUCGCAUGAGUUCUUCUUAUGAUGCAGGCAAAAUAUCUAGAAAAUCUGGAUUCGCUUCUUCAAUGGGAUUCAAAACAAGGUCUCUAAGCUCUGCAAGCAUGCGUGAAAAAGAACCUAUUGUAGAACCGGAGGUUUUGAUGACCACAGAUAUAGAGUCCUCUGACAGUUGGGACCGCACUGAAAGAGAAAGGGAUAUGCGCCAAGGAAUUGACUUGGCAACCACAUUGGAACGCAUUGAAAAGAACUUUGUGAUUAGUGAUCCUAGAAUUCCUGAUAACCCAAUUAUAUUUGCAUCUGAUAGCUUUCUGGAACUGACAGAAUAUACACGUGAAGAAAUUUUGGGAAGAAAUUGUCGUUUUCUCCAGGGACCUGAAACAGAUCAAGAAACUGUCUCAAAGAUACGAGAUGCCAUUAGAGAACAAAGAGAAAUUACUGUACAGUUGAUCAACUAUACCAAGAGUGGAAAAAAGUUUUGGAAUUUAUUUCAUUUGCAACCCAUGCGUGACCAAAAGGGUGAACUUCAAUAUUUCAUUGGCGUCCAACUGGAUGGGAGUGAUCAUGUGGAACCUCUCCGAAAUCGUCUAUCAGAGAGAGCAGAGCUUGAAAGUUCUAAGUCGGUCAAAGCUACUGCAGUAAAUGUUGAUGAGGCUGUCCGAGAACUUCCUGAUGCCAACUUGAGACCAGAAGAUUUGUGGGCAAUUCAUUCUCGGCCUGUCUUCCCAAGGCCUCACAAAAGGGAUACUCCUUCUUGGCUAGCAAUACAAGAGAUUACUGCUCGUGGUGAAAAAAUUGGUCUACAUCAUUUUAAGCCCAUAAAACCAUUGGGUUGUGGUGAUACUGGCAGUGUCCAUUUGGUGGAGCUACAAGGUACAGGUGAACUGUAUGCUAUGAAGGCAAUGGAGAAGUCAAUAAUGUUGAACCGUAACAAGGUUCACCGAGCAUGCAUUGAAAGGGAGAUAAUUUCGCUACUGGAUCAUCCUUUUCUUCCCACACUGUACACUUCAUUUCAGACUUCUACACACGUUUGUUUGAUAUCAGACUUCUGCUCUGGUGGAGAGUUAUUUACUUUGCUUGACAAGCAGCCUAUGAAACUAUUCAAGGAGGACUCUGCGAGGUUCUAUGCGGCAGAGGUUGUCAUUGCCUUGGAAUAUCUUCACUGUCUAGGAAUAGUUUAUCGCGACCUUAAGCCCGAGAACAUUUUACUCCAGAAGGAUGGGCAUGUUGUCUUAACAGACUUUGAUUUAUCAUUUAUGACAUCCUGUAAACCCCAGAUUAUAAGGAAUCAAUCGCCUAACAAAAGAAGGAGAUCUAGGAGUCAACCACCACCAACAUUUGUUGCAGAACCAGUUGCACAAUCAAAUUCAUUUGUCGGAACUGAAGAGUAUAUUGCUCCUGAAAUUAUUACUGGUGCAGGCCACAGCAGUGCCAUUGAUUGGUGGGCUCUUGGUAUUUUGUUGUAUGAGAUGCUCUAUGGCCGUACACCUUUCAGGGGAAAAAAUAGACAGAGGACAUUCACCAACGUCUUGUACAAAGAUCUCACCUUUCCAGGCAGCAUUCCGCUAGCAGCGCGGCAGUUGAUCAAUGCAUUGUUGCAAAGAGACCCUGACACACGAUUAGGAUCCAGUACUGGUGCAAAUGAAAUCAAGCAACAUCCUUUCUUCCGCGGAAUUAAUUGGCCUUUGAUUCGUUGCAUGAGCCCUCCGCCAUUAGAGGUGCCUCUUCGGCCCAUCUUAAAAGAUCCAAAGGCCAAGGAUAUAUCGUGGGAAGAUGAUGGAGUUCUUGUAAAUUCAAUGGAUUUGGAUAUUUUCUGA